AUGCUGGGCAAAGUGGGUCGUCUCCUGCAUCGCGGACCAGCGGCGGCGCUGCGUCGUCGCGCGGUUCUUCGCAGCUGCUUCAACGUCCGUCCGUUCUCUGCACGAGGCGGCUACGAGGCUGACGACCAGGAGCGAGACGCGGGGCUAGUGGAUCUCUCGCAGCUGGACGGACCCGACGACUGUGACGAUGCAGCAGACGAGUGGACGCUGGACAGUCAUGACGGAAUCGCAGAGCACGUCAAGCAGAAGGUGCGCGUGCGUCGUGCGCAGCAUUCGAGCCGCCGCUUCGUGGACCGCAUCCGCGUGAAAGCGACGGGUGGCCACGGGGGAAACGGCUGCGCAAGCUUUUUUUCCGAGUCGGCGAUGCGCAAACGUCCGAAUGGCGGACACGGCGGUGCUGGAGGAGACGUUGUGGUCGAAGCGACUGGCAAGAUGCAGGACCUGAGCAGUGGGACGCACCACUUCAAGGGCGGAUCGGGAACGAACGGCAUGCCAAACGACUCUGCUGGUAAAAGAGGUAAGCAUUGCCACAUGAAGGUGCCGUGCGGUACGCUCAUCAAGCGCGUGGAGCGCUACGAGCGUGAGCUGGACAACGGCGAGUAUGAGAUCGUAGACAGGAUGGAAGUCGUUGCGGAUUUGGACAAACCUGGUGCGACGUUCCUGGCUGCUAAGGGCGGUAAACCAGGACUCGGAAACCGGAUUCUAGCAGGCAAGACGACGAAUUUCGGUCGACUACGCAAGCACAUGCCUGAGAGCAAAACUACGGGUCAACCCGGCACUUCUCAAUAUUACGAGCUGGAGCUCAAGACUAUCGCUGAUGCCGGUCUCGUGGGCUACCCGAACGCUGGAAAAUCGACACUGCUGAGCGUGCUCAGUCGCGCUACACCAGAAAUAGCCGCCUACCCUUUUACGACGCUCCACCCGUACGUGGGAAUCGUGGAAUUUCCGGACACUUUUCGCUUGAGCGUGGCUGACAUCCCGGGGCUCAUUGAUGGGGCACAUCGAAAUGUCGGUCUCGGUCACGAUUUCUUGCGCCACAUUGAGCGCACAAAGGUCCUGAUGUACGUGCUUGACACAGCUGGCUCAGAAGGACGCGAUCCUCUGGAUGAUUUCCGACAUCUACAGAGAGAACUGGAGCUGUACGCCCCAGGCAUCUCAUCGCGCCCUUCCCUGAUCAUUGCUAACAAGAUGGAUGAGCAUGGUGCCGAAGACAAUCUUUCCAAGCUGCGUCAUUCUACCGAUCUUGCGGUACUUCCAGUUAGUGCGCUCCACAAGGUUGACAUUGGUACCGUAGCACGUACACUACGGUGGAUGAUUGAGAGCUACAGCAAGCUCACGAAGUCAAUAUAG